AGUGUGCGUUUGGAGAGGAGGGGGAUGCAGUUGCCAUGGCAAUGGGGCUGUGUAUUCAGGAGUGCAGGCAGAGCUGCGAUUGGAGGAACCAGGCGAAGCGGGCGGGCGAAAUAUUGGAGCAAAACUGACAGCCAGCAUUGCCCCCCUUCACUUCCACUCCGUAGAUCAGGAUAGUGAUAGAGAAGCUUGGCUCUCAUCAAGGCUUCCAACCAUCCUCUAUCUAUCGCUUCCAAUUGCUUUCGCUCCAAAAAGCACUCGACUAAAGGUCCAGCUGAAACCCUCCACCUCAGAUCAUGACCACUACCAUCUGCACCCGCUUCACUGAGGAAUUCCAGAUGUUUGAGGAACUGGGCAAGGGAGCUUUUUCAGUGGUGCGGCGGUGCCUGAAGGUCCUCUCAGGCCAAGAGUAUGCUGCUAAGAUCAUCAACACCAAGAAGCUAUCUGCCAGGGAUCACCAGAAGCUGGACAGAGAGGCCAGGAUCUGCCGACUGCUGAAGCACUCCAAUAUCGUGCGUCUCCAUGACAGCAUCUCGGAGGAAGGGCAUCACUACCUGAUCUUUGACCUAGUGACGGGCGGCGAACUCUUCGAAGACAUUGUUGCUCGAGAGUAUUACAGUGAGGCUGACGCCAGUCAUUGUAUUCAGCAGAUUCUGGAGGCAGUGCUUCAUUGUCAUCAGAUGGGAGUCGUUCACAGAGACCUCAAGCCUGAGAACCUUCUGCUGGCCUCCAAGUCCAAGGGAGCUGCAGUGAAGCUGGCAGACUUUGGCCUGGCCAUCGAGGUGGAGGGCGAACAACAAGCCUGGUUCGGCUUUGCAGGGACACCUGGUUACCUGUCUCCUGAGGUCCUGAGGAAGGACCCAUAUGGCAAAGCUGUGGACCUGUGGGCUUGCGGUGUGAUCCUGUACAUCCUACUGGUGGGAUAUCCUCCGUUCUGGGAUGAGGACCAGCACAGACUGUACCAGCAGAUCAAGGCUGGGGCCUACGAUUUCCCCUCGCCAGAGUGGGACACUGUUACUCCAGAGGCCAAGGAUCUCAUCAACAAGAUGUUGACCAUCAACCCUGCCAAGCGCAUUACUGCCUCGGAGGUUCUCAAACAUCCCUGGAUCUCACACCGCUCCACUGUGGCUUCCUGCAUGCACAGACAGGAGACGGUGGAGUGCCUGAAAAAGUUCAACGCCAGAAGGAAACUCAAGGGAGCCAUUCUCACCACCAUGUUGGCGACUCGGAACUUCUCAGGAGGUAACAAGGCCAACAAGAAGACUGAUGGUGUGAAGAAAAGGAAGUCCAGUUCCAGCGUCCAGCUGAUGGAAUCCUCUGAAAGCACCAACACCACUAUUGAGGACGAAGACACCAGAGUGAGGAAACAGGAGAUCAUCAAGGUAACAGAGCAGCUCAUAGAAGCCAUCAGCAAUGGAGACUUUGAGAGCUACACUAAGAUGUGUGACCCCAGUGUGACAGCAUUUGAGCCAGAAGCUCUUGGUAAUCUGGUGGAAGGCCUGGACUUCCAUCGCUUCUACUUUGAGAACUUGUGGUCUAAGAACAGUAAGCCUGUCCACACCACCAUCCUGAACCCCCACAUCCACCUUAUCGGGGAGGAAGCUGCCUGCAUCGCCUAUAUCCGCAUCACCCAGUACAUCGACACCAACGGCAUGCCCCGCACCGCCCAGUCUGAGGAGACACGCAUCUGGCACCGCCGUGACGGCAAGUGGCAGAUAGUCCACUUCCACCGCUCUGGAUCACCCUCCGCCAUCACCAAGUAAGCCAGUGUGGUCAGGCAAUCUCUCGUCUUCCCCUCUGACCCCAGCUGAGCUCUAGAGCAGGAGGGUUUGAGUGAGACGUCUGUCUGAGUGACUCCUGUGGGUUACCAGCCGGCUUCAUGGGGACACAGAGGGACUCCCACCGACCGGCCUGAGGAACCACGAGCCCGCCCGCCCGCCCGCACGCCACAUCUCAUCUCUUUACUUGAAAUCAGUUUAUGUCUCCUCUCAUAUCCGUCACAAGCAAAUCACAUUAGGCUCACACUAUGUCACGCUCUCAUGUAUGUAUUGUAUAUGCUGUGUGUGUCAGGAACAUUUUAGCCUUGUUAUGCUGUCUCUCCGCUCGUUCUUCUCUGACCUUCUUGGUUCUUGUCAUACUACAGUACUUGGCAGAGUCACAAUUAGUACAAAUGGAUCUAUGAGUAGGAUUCAAUCUGUAAAAUAUAGCCGAGGGAAGUAGGGAUACUGAGUGUGCAGAUUUUUUAUAAUCCCCACAAAAUUUGUGAACUAGGCCUUUAUUACUCCUGUUUGCAGAGCAGAGAAAUCCCCCUCCCCUCAAUAAAAAUUAUCCUCAGCCACACCCCCCACCCCCCUAAACAUCUUCCCUCGGCUCUAAAGCGCUCGCAGUAAUCGGCACCUACAGUUUUCCUUACACUUAAAUGUUUUUAUUCAACAAUGCUCCCUCAACAAUGCUCCCUCAACAAUGCUCCCUCAACAAUGCUCCAUCAACAAUGCUCCCUCAACAAUGCUCCCUCAACAAUGCUCCCUCAACAAUGCUCCCUCAACAAUGCUCCCUCAACAAUGCUCCCUCAACAAUGCUCCCUCAACAAUGCUCCCUCAACAAUGCUCCCUCAACAAUGCUCCCUCAACAAUGCUCCCUCAACAAUGCAGUAUAUUGAUAUUUAAUAAUAACAUUAAAAGUCCAGUCAGAAAUAACGAGUAAUAGUAAUAGUAAUAGUAAUAGUAAUAGUAAUAGUAAUAGUAAUAGUAAUAGUAAGAUAAAUAUGUACAUAAUAGAACAUAAUACUGUACGUAGGAGAGCAUCAUAGCACUUCUUUAGGUUCUUCCAAUGAGGACUGAGGGUAUAUACCAUAUAUCUUCCUCACUUUUUAUUGUUGUCAAUACAAACCCCCUCUCGCUUGUUAGAGCAGUUGAACUUACUUGCAGCGGACAGUGUAAACUACAGUAUUCUGCCUACUUCAGAGUAAGAAGCAAUUUAAAAAGACCACUAACACUGCCCCAGGAUUUUCUGCAAUAAGUUAGAUUGGUGUUUUUAUACUAAACAGUGUGUUCUUCUGAUAAGGAUUUGUUGUGGAUUUAAAAAUGACAAUUCAUUUUAGAGACUUUGUUUUAUCUAUUUCGUCACUCUCCAGUGUUAAUAUCACUGUUUAUUGAUGUCCCAUUCCCUCUAUUUCAUCACUCUCCAGUGUUAAUAUCACUGUUUAUUGCAUGCAAGUAUAUACAUGAGCUUUGGAUCUCUCUGCUUGUGUUUCUAGUUCUCAAAUCUGUCAAAUGUGAUAUUUCAGAUGUACUCUCAGAGAUGUAUAAAUACUUGUAUAUUUUUACUGUUCGAAGAAUGUCAAAACGGGACAAAAAAGAACAUGACAUUGCCUCUUAACUGCAGUAUGUUUCCCUGUGUGUUAAUAAUAAAUGCCUCACAGAAUAUUUGAUUGUGCGUUGAAAAACUGCCAGAUAAUAAAUUUGAUUGAAACAAAACGUGUUUACUAUUGGCAGUUCAACACAGAUGUAUAUCAAACUUUGUACUGUAAAGCAAUUUGUGAAAAAUCUGCUGAAAAGGAUAAAAGAUGAACAACAACAGCCAAAUCCUCUGUGUAUGCUUUCUAGAACUGAUUCUACAGAUUGAAUACUUGUUUUAUACAGUAGUUUAGUAUUUUAGUGUAAAUGGCCAGGCCUACAGCCUACUGGUUUAAAACGUCCAUCACACUGCUGCUCUGAUGUUGCUGUUUCUUUCCUGGCACCAUUGAACGGAGCACAUUGAGGACCUUAUGGUACUGUAUAGGAGUUAUUGUAGGAUUUAUGUUAUUCUGGAUAUGAGACGCUUACUUUAUGUUAUUCUGGAUAUGAGACGCUUUCUUUUUAUUCUAGACAUUUUAUUAUUCUGGAUAUAUGCUUUCUUUCCUUUGAAGCAUGCGAGUUUGUAAUGUGCUCAAAGUUAGUGUGUCUGUUUUUGAAAAUUAUUUUCUGAAGGGUCAAAGUCAUCAUUUGCAAUUGUUAUAUAAUAUACUGUGAAUGUGGGUCUGUAAAUAAAAACAUUAUAAUGAUAAGGUA